GUCCUCCCCCACAUUAAAAGCUUAGCACAGCAACAGCAGCAGCAGCGGCAGCAUCAUCUCCCUGCAUCCAGCAUCCCCCGUAUCCCGUCUCCCCCUGCGCGGAAGAGCAGUCCUCCCCGGCGUCCUGUGAUGCCACAGCUCCUCUCACAUCUCCGCAGCUGCCACCUCUGAGGACGCAUCCGAACAAGGAGGGAAGAGAGAGGGCAAAAUCCGCUUCAGCCUCGAACACAGCUCCAGCCCAUGAAGAUGUCUAACGCGGACAUCGUCUUAAACGCCACGGAUCGAGUGGUCAAAUCUGUCCCAUUCCCCCUGAGCCACCGUCUUACCAUGAAGGAAGUGUUUGACUGUGAAGGGAAGCCUCGUGUGGACCUGCUCAAAGCCCACCUAACCAAAGAGGGCCGAGUGGAGGAGGCAGUGGCACUGCGCAUCAUCAACGAAGGAGCGGCCAUACUGCGCCAGGAGAAAACCAUUUUGGACAUCGAGGCACCAGUCACAGUAUGCGGGGACAUCCAUGGGCAGUUCUUUGAUCUCAUGAAGCUGUUUGAAGUAGGAGGAUCACCAGCCACAACGCGGUACCUGUUUCUUGGGGACUACGUUGACCGCGGCUACUUCAGUAUUGAGUGCGUUUUAUACCUUUGGUCACUGAAAAUCCUCUAUCCAAAGACACUAUUUUUACUGCGUGGAAAUCAUGAAUGUAGACAUUUGACAGAAUAUUUUACCUUCAAACAAGAAUGUAAAAUCAAGUACUCAGAGCAGGUGUACGAUUCCUGUAUGGACGCGUUUGACUGCCUUCCUCUGGCUGCCCUCAUGAACCAGCAGUUUUUGUGCGUCCACGGCGGGCUCUCACCGGAAAUUCACACUUUAGAUGAUAUUAAAAAGUUGGACCGGUUUAAGGAACCACCAGCCUUUGGCCCUAUGUGCGACCUCCUGUGGUCAGAUCCUCUGGAGGACUUUGGGAACGAGAAAACCCAGGAAUAUUUCAGUCACAACACAGUGAGAGGGUGCUCCUACUUCUACAGUUACCCAGCUGUGUGUGAGUUCCUACAGAGCAAUAACCUAUUAUCAAUUAUUCGGGCUCAUGAAGCGCAAGAUGCAGGUUACCGGAUGUAUCGCAAGAGUCAGACCACUGGGUUCCCAUCACUCAUCACCAUCUUCUCAGCACCAAACUACCUGGAUGUUUACAACAACAAAGCUGCAGUUCUGAAGUAUGAGAAUAAUGUGAUGAACAUUCGGCAGUUUAACUGCUCCCCACACCCUUACUGGCUGCCCAACUUCAUGGACGUCUUCACCUGGUCUCUGCCCUUUGUGGGAGAGAAAGUGACAGAGAUGUUGGUGAAUGUGCUGAGCAUCUGCUCUGAUGAUGAGCUCAUGAACGAUGAAGAUGAGAUUUUUGAUGCCAAUGCAGCUGCAGCUCGCAAGGAAGUGAUCAAGAACAAGAUCCGUGCAAUUGGGAAGAUGGCCAAGAUGUUCUCAGUCCUCAGAGAGGAGAGUGAGAACGUGUUGACGCUGAAGGGGCUGACGCCCACUGGCAUGCUGCCCAGUGGAGUCCUCUCAGGAGGCCGACAGACUCUGCAGAGCGCCACCAUUGAGGCCAUUGAAGCCAUCGAGACGCAUGAGGAGGACAGAGAAGCGAUCCGCGGCUUCUCCCCUCAGCACAAGAUCAGCAGUUUCGAGGAGGCUAAAGGUUUGGACCGUAUCAACGAGCGCAUGCCCCCGCGUAAAGACGGGGUGAACCACGUGGGCCAUUCCAUGGGCAAGAUGAACAUGUCUGAGGCCAACGGGACGGACGACAACAGCAACAUCCAGUGAUUUUGCCGCCCGAGCCUUGGGACCAUGCUGCUGCUGCCCCUUGUGCCGCAACACUUUGCCAAAAUGGGAAAUUCAGGCCUCCCGAUAUAGAAAUCAAACAGGCCCACCGAAAGACAAAUGAAAACCUGCAGCUAAUCUUAAAGGGGUGUUUAAAGGGUCAUUUUUUCUUGACGUUGUGUCAUUGCACAGUUUUGGGGGAAAAAUGGGGGAUGAGGAGUGGAUAGCCGACUGCAGCUUGGCUCAAGUUGUCUCUGCUGUUCAGUUAUGGACUGAUUGUUGAAGAAGGUUGUGCAUUUUAUGAUUGCUGGCAAAAAUGUCUGCUCCUUUUAUCAGAGAGAUUUAAUUGCAGUAUCCAUGACACAUUUUACUAUUUUCUAAAGUGUUUAUGAAAACUCACAUAUAAAUUCACGUUAUGAGGAAUAUGCGCUUGUUUACCAACAUGUUUUGCUAGUAUUACCAGGUUACAACACAUGCAAAAAGAAUGGAACGCAAAAAAUAAGCUUAAAAAAGUACCUCUUUCAACUUGCAAUUUUACCUGCUGUGGGCUUUAUUGACUGAUCUGAGGUAAGAUGCAAUCCUGUAAAGGACAAACAACAUUCAGGCUGCUCAGAAUAGUGUAUUCAGUUUCAACUAUAGCUUUUAGAAAGUCGUGCAUUUCUCCAAUAGUGCUCUAUUACUUUCUGGACAUCAGUCGUCACCUAGCAAGCAACACUUGGAGGGGAUGAGGAGCAAAAGCCAGGGAGCAAUUAAGCAUGAGGGAAAAUAUUGUCUUUGAAGAAUCACAAUCAUUUAUAAUCAUAAAAAUGUCCCUUAAAACAACUCGGAAAUCUCUGAGAGGGAAGUCCGCUCCAACUCAUUUUCCAAAUGAUUUUUGUCACAUUGAUCUAGCACUUGACAAAGCUAUACCUCACAGCCACUAACAAUCAUGACAUGCGCCUGAAUGCUUGCAAAUCUUUUGUAAUAAAUCAGACGCAGAAUGAGUGCCACAUAGUUAACCUGCUGUCACUAACCUUAGUAUUGCUCACUUGCUUGUUGAGAGAAAUAUUAACCAUUCAUUCACUAUGAGGUACAUGAGCACCCUUUGAGUUUUUGCACAUUUUGCUAUGCUGCAAACUCCAUGUGAUUUCGUAAAUAAAGACGUGUAUCAACAUGAAAAGGAAAUUCUAUAAAUUGGGAAAUGCAAACAAAUUAUACAUAUGUAUAACACUAUAUAUUAAAAAGUCUCUAUAUUGAAUAAUCAGACCAUUUGUAUCACUUUUGCACUGGACUCAAUGUUAACUGGAUGUAAAUUGCGAAUAACAAUAACUAUUUGGAAAAACCCUACGUAAUUUAAAAUAUUUCUAGAAUUUCCUUUCUUACAUCUUAUAUACAUAACUAUUUUUUCUACUUCAUGUUUCAUCUUUCUAUUUAACCCUAAUGGUACGUGACUUAAGGAUGGACAAAUACAGUGAUUUUUAACACAGCAUCUACUGUAUGGUAUGGAACGCAUCAAUGCAUGCAAUUAAGUUCCUAAUUGUUAUGUGAGAUUAUAAUUGUGAUAGUUGUGUUUCAAAUAGUAAACUUGAACUAUUUUCUUUUGAAGAUAUAUUUGUAGUUUGAUUUGUCUUGUUUUAUAUUUUUUUAAUAAAUAGGCUUCCUUUAAUUGUUCUUGUCAAAAUUUCAUUUGAAUUCUGUUAUUUAUUACAACUGCUGAUUUUGGUUUUAUAUUGAUUUGUUGUUAUGCAGAGGUGCCCUUCUUCUGAGCUGUGAAGCCUUGUGUUUCUUUCUGUUGUACUGAAAAUGUACAGAAAAUGUUCUAUAGUGUGAAUGAAUAUAAUCUCAGUGAAAAGCAACUUUCAGGCUGCCAAAGCAUGAUAGCAUGGUUUUCAGAUGUAAAUGAAUUGGACACAGUGGAAAUCAUGUGUCACACGUUUAAACAGGAAACAUUGUACUCUGAUUCUAUUUACUGCUGAUAUGAUUAUUGUUACAAUUAAGCUUAUGGUUAUUUUCCUUUGUUUCUGGGUCUUGUAUGGUCUACAUGCAUAUUUCAACAAACUGAUAUAAUGGACUUUAUCUUGCAACAUUUUUUAUUAUCUCUGGAAAUACAGUAUGUUUUGGCAUUUGACUUCCUAAAUGAUACACACAUUGUAAGCAUGCCCUAUGGGACAAAUCACAUUUUUUUACUCUUGAAUAAAAUAUGCAUGAACA